CUAAAAACCGAAUUAGAAACUUCAAAUGUUCAACUCCUCCCCACUCUUAGCGCAUCUGCAAAACUCCGAACAGAACGAUGUGAGGUUGCGUGGCGAACAUAGCAAUACUGGUGCAAGUUUUUCAGGAUUUAAUUUGGUGUAAAUUAGACUUACUUUAAUGUACUUUAGUUUCAAAGUACAAAUGCUAGACCACAGAAAUUAAAAUAUUUGUAAUUAUUAGUCAAUCUAUUUAGUUGAACUAAUUGUAUUAUGGGCGCGUGUAAAUUUGGCAUUUUUUAUGCGUGUGGGCACGUAUGUUUAUUAAUUUGGAUAAUGCAAACUGUCCAAUCUCAGCGGCAUCCACCAGAGACGAGACAAGUAAAUAACCAAGUGCCAGGUAUACGGCAGACAAUACAAUGGGCGCACAAUGGUAACGUUUUUAGCCUUCUCAGUCACGGUUCGGAAUAUCGACCACCAAAGCAAAAAGGCGCCAAUAAAGAGCAGGAGAGACCUGUCACCAUCAUUAGAGAUGGGGAAACUAACAAGCCUUCUGACUCCUCAAGACAGUCUCUCCCGUCUACCCACGCAGUAUCCCGUGCAGGAACGCGCCCGCGCUGGCUACCACCUCAAGUUCCAAAGCCCCCGAGGGGACAGGGGCACCAGCAUCAGGAUGUCCAUCCAAGUGGCCAUGCAGAAACUAAGGCAAAUGGCACGACGAAUGGGACACAGGACAAACCGUCCCCUUCGCCGAGAAGAGAAGACGUGAUGGCAGGGGAUGAUCCUUACAACCCAUACAAGACCUCCGAUUCAGAUUCAGAUAAUCCUUACUACAAUUACUAUGACGUGUACGAGAGUCCCAGGCGCAGAGAGAGACCUGGAUAUGGCACAAGGUACCAUCAGAACGGUCUGCCUGAUCUUGUACCAGACGCAUACUACAUUCAAGCCUCCGUAUAUGUCCAGAGAGUUCCAAUGUACAACCUCAGAUGUGCAAACGAAGAGAAUUGCUUGUCAAGUUCGGCUUACAGUGCCAGAGACUAUGACACCCGGAUGCUGCUGAGGUUCCCACAACGUGUGAAGAACCAGGGGACGGCUGACUUCCUGCCAAGCAGACCCCGCUACUCCUGGGAAUGGCACAGUUGUCACCAGCAUUACCACAGCAUGGAUGAGUUCAGCCACUAUGACCUGCUGGAUUCAGGUGGGAGGAGUGUGGCUGAGGGACACAAGGCCAGCUUCUGCCUGGAGGACAGCUCCUGUGACUACGGCUACUACAGACGCUUUGCCUGCACCUCACACACCCAGGGCCUGAGUCCAGGAUGUUAUGAUACCUAUAACGCAGACAUCGACUGCCAGUGGAUCGAUAUUACAGAUGUGAAACCUGGGAACUACGUCCUGAAGAUCAGUGUGAACCCCAGCUAUCAGGUUCCAGAGUCUGACUACAGCAACAACAUUGUGCGCUGUGAAGUUCGCUAUACUGGCAACUAUGCCUAUGUUUCAGGAUGUCACAUCUCACAAUAUUAAGAGGGGGAAGUCAUUCUCCAAACCACUGAAGCAUUUCUGUAAAAACUUCAUGACAGCCAAGAAAACAUCUUGAACAAAAUGUGGACACACAUGGCUAACUGAAAAUGUGUGUUAAAAUGUGUGUUAAGUUGGCCUUUGUUUUUAAGGUUCAUUAAACAUGUUUUUCUCAAGCCAUUCUAUAAGUGCAAUAAACUAAUAAUUGCAUUUAUAGGUUUGAUUAUACUACAUUACAAUAGUUUAGACAGGUUUUAAAUGGUGUAAAUCAAAUAAAUGGAAUUUCAGACGUUCAAAGCUCA